AUGUCUACAGAUCCAGAAGGCGAUUCUGAAAUGCUCUCUACUUCCGAGUCCUCUCAAAGCAGCGAACCCCAAACCCCCACUGGCGGCCAAAUCGCUGACGAAACCUCCAACUUCCCCAGCUCAGAGCUUUCCCCGCCAGGUUCGCAGGACGCCACCGGCGCAGAGCCUACAAAGAUGGAGUACGGCGAUGUCCAAACUGAUUACGCGGCGGUCACUGCCUCACAACAUAUUACAGGUGAUGGUGCUGGAGGCGGUGCCAGUUGGGACAAUCAGAGCUCUGCGAUCGCUCGGGCAGAGCCCGGCUCAUCGUGGAACAAUAAGAAAGCAGAAGAAGAAUAUCAGAGAGCUCUAGAAAUAGUGGUGGAUCGCGAUUUCAGCCUGAAGGAAUUUGGAGAUCCGUUUGAUGAUCGAGAUAUGGUAGAACAGUGA